AUGGCCAUGGAGCGCGAUGCCGCUGUUGUCGAGCGCCCGCAGGACGAGCGACAGGCCUCAUCCAGCUCUGAAAGCAUGCAGCAACAGCAGCAGCAGCAGUAUCUUUACUCGCACAGCGGCGCAUCGCAGCGGUCACAGCAGGCGGAAGUCUAUCGCGGCAGUGCAGAGGCAGCUCCCCUACCUUCACUCCACAGCAGCUCCGCCGAAGGUCCAACGGCCAUGCAGCACUACCUCGCGACAACCAUGAAUGGCGCGCAACUGCAACAGCCUCCAUACAACCCCGCCGUCCACCAGUACGCCCUCUACCACCAGAAUGGCGCAGUGCAGCCGCCUCCGAUGCCUUCGAAUGGGCAAGCCAUGAUGCGCUACCCAAUUCCGCCCCAAAUUUCGAUGGAUUCACGCCAGAUGACGGGCGCCCGAGGCAAGAAGGAUAUAAAGCGCAGGACGAAGACUGGUUGUCUCACAUGCCGUAAGAGACGCAUAAAGUGUGACGAAACCCAACCAAGCUGCCGCAACUGUGCCAAAAGCAAAAGAGAAUGCUUGGGCUACGAUCCUAUCUUCAAGCAACAGUCCGGUCCAGCCAAUAUACAGCCUGCCCCCACGAACGCCGACUCGCCGCCAGAGACCAAACCCGCCACCACCUCGACGGCACCAUCAUUUCGUGCCCCAAUAUAUUCAGACACUGUCAACACACUCGACGGCGCAAGUGACUACCAAGGACCACCAAGCUACACUUCCCUUGAUCCGUCCUUAGGUCACGAGCACUCCUUCACAAUGGCUCGAAGCAGCUAUCAUAGUAGCCUACAGGCCGAACGAAAAGUCAGAUACAUUGCCAUCGACGACCUCUUUUCUCUGAACGACACGCCACCACAAUACCAGAGGCGGGAAGCACCACCACCACUCUCACCGCCUCAGCAACAGGAACUGGCAGACUUUUAUAUGUAUCACUACGCACCUGGUCUCGACCGACUUCUCGAGACCACGUUCUACACGUCCGAAGGACUAGCGCAUCUGCAGUCAAACCCUGAGCUACAUGACUUCGUCUACCAAUGUGCAGAGCAGUUCAAACCCUCGGCUGAUCACCCAGCGAUGCCCAACCAGAUUCGCUCACUCGAAGCAAGACUGGUCUGGCAUCUUGUGACUAUGGCUCGUACCAGCGGGUCGUCACCAGAGCUGGCACAGCGCGUGGACACGCUGGAGAAUCUCUUGACGGGCCACUUCCUUGACCCAAGCAGAAUACCCCAGCCGCCCACCUCUGCCCUCCCCGAAGACGUGUUCAAAGAGAAAGCCUUCUGGCGCAAUCUAGCACGCUUCGUGGCCGUUCGCGAUGACCGACCAGACAGCAACACACACAGGCAGAUCAGCGACUCCCUCGGUGCCAUGCGUGCCAUCCUUGGGAUGACGGAGAAUCGUGAUGUGCUCUACUCCAUCGCCAUCGCCCGCCAUAUCGGCGGCCGCUCCCCAGACUUUCAUCCUCAGCAACACAUCGUCGCCACUUCGAAUGAUGCUGAUGACGAGAUCAAUAAGCUCAAGGUUGCUCAUCAGUUCGUGGAGAUCGAGGAUCAGAAGGGCACGACCCAGGUCAUUCAGCGGGUGUGCUCGAUGGCAUUGCGUGCGUGGGCUUUGCAGAAGCAAUGA